AUGUUUUCAUUUCUCGAAUAUGUAAUCUUGAUAUGUGUGUUAAUGUUGCUAUUGGGGAACAAUAUACUUGGAGUUCAUGAGAAUAUUGUUAAUUCUUUAGACGGAAAUUUAGAUUUAACUGUUUAUUGUAAAUCUAAAGACGAUGAUCUAGGAGUUCAUCUUUUACAUCACGGUGAAAAUUAUAGUUGGAGUUUUCAACCUAGACGAAUUAUUGGCCACACGCUAUUCUUUUGUGGUUUUACAUGGAAUGGGGAACUCCAUUGGUUUGAUAUUUACAACAAUGAUGAGCUUAGAAUUGGAUGUGAAAAUUGCAACUGGAAUAUAUUCAAAUCUGGACCAUGUAAAACUGAAAAAGAUGGACGAUCUACUUGCUUUCGAUGGAAUAAGUAG